UUAGAGGUACAGGGUGGAAUGUCCUAAUAUUGUGUAGACAUGUAUAGGUGGGGUGUGGGGGCUGUUCAUUGUUUACUGCCAUGUGGUGCAUCCCAUUGUUCUAUUGUGUGUCUUUCUUGAGAGCAAACUAUUAUGGGAUGUAUGUGUUUGUGUAUUGGCUUGGUGGGGGGUGCCUGCUGAUGUGUCUCAGGUCUAUAGAUUUGGUUUGCCCCGCCCUGUGUCCAUAUGCAAGGAAGUGGGUUGUUCCCUUGAAUGUUUAUAUCUUGUGGCUGUCUCCUGGUUUCCUUCAAGUCUGGUGCUGUCUCGUCUUGUAUGGCCAUCGGUGAUGUCCGUGAAUCUGU